UGGAUCCUGGCUUUUUUCAUGAGGUAGAGGUUGAUGUGGAUGAGAAUAUUGCUAGUAUUUUUUGGGCAGAUGGGAAGAUGCGGAUGGAUUAUCAUUUUUUCGGGGAUUCGGUUAGUUUUGAUACUACAUACAGAACGAAUAAAGAGUAUCGACCACUAGCUCUGUUUGUUGGUUUCAACAACCAUCAUCAACUCACUGUGUUUGGAGCUGCCCUUCUAUAUGAUGAAACAACGGCAACGUUUGAGUGGUUGUUUAAUCAGUUUUUGGAAUGCAUGGGAGGUGUGAGCCCGUUGUCUAUUUUUACUGAUCAGGCUGCUGCAAUUGCUGCUAGUAUAAGGUCUGUUUUCCCAAGUUCUUUCCAUGGAUUGUGUUCAUGGCAUAUCUCACAGAAUGCAGUUGUUAAUUUGGGAUCUUUGUGU